AUGCGCAUCGACAUUCUAGGAACGGCUGCAUCAACAGUUCUCUUGGGCCUUAGCACAGUACUAGUACAGGCUCUGAGACCUUGCCCCCUCUUUGGACCAGAUUUGCUCAUUCCGACGGCGCUGAGUGAUGAUGUUUCCAUCAGAAAUGCCCUGUCCGAAAUCCUGCAGCUUGUUCCAAGCCUCGACAUUGACUUCCAGAACACAUCUUUCUCUAUCGACAUCUAUCCAGCGGCAGACCAACGACCCCUUUUCAGCUACCAUCACUCGGCUCCAACUCUGCAGAAGCACGGUCACGGCGUCCAAGCCGUCAACGACACGACGGUGUAUCGCAUAGGUAGCAUUUCCAAAUUGCUCACAGCUUAUGUCUACCUACUUGAGGUUGGAGAUGUGUCGUUCAACCAGCCAGUCACGCGUUACGUACCUGAGCUGGCAGAUAUUUCUGCAAGGCCAAGGAACAAGUCAGCCUCUGCUCUUCAAUAUGUGGACUGGGACGCCAUAACCAUCGGCGCGCUCGCAUCUCACAUGGCUGGCAUACCGCGAGACUUUCCGAGCCCUGCGUCAGCGGACCGCCAGCUAGCACGGUUGGGAUUUCCGCCAGUCCGGGCAGUAGAUUUCGCCUACUGUGGUAAAAGCGUCUUGUAUCCCUGCAACCGCACUGUUAUGUAUCUCUUGUGGCUACGAGUUCCCUUCUUUGACGCCAUACGGACCCGUCACCCAGUCGAAGCGGCCUUUUCAACGCCUAUAUACUCCAACAUUGGUUACCAAAUCAUGGCUUAUGCGCUUGAGAAUAUAACUGGAACAACGUAUCCUGAUAUUCUAUCGCGCCAACUUAUCCUCCCUCUCGGUUUGAAUUCCACGAGUUAUGCUAAGCCAGCCAACUCCGACUCGUCUAUCAUACCUGAUAGCCCUAGUAGUUCUUGGUAUGAUGUCGACACGCGUGAUGAGGGACCAGCCGCAGGAAUAUAUUCGUCGAUUGCGGACCUACGCAGGAUCGGGCAGUCGAUCUUGACGUAUGAGAUGUUGUCGCCCUCCCAAACCCGACGAUGGAUGAAACCCCUUAGUUUUACUGCUGAUCCACAGGUUGCAGUCGGUGCGCCAUGGGAGAUUGCUCGUGUUACAUCUACCACCAACAGAGCCAGCUGGAUGUACACGAAGGGUGGUCAGCUGGGGAUGUACAGCAGUCUGAUGGCUUUGCUACCUGAUUGGGGCGUCGGACUCACUGUUCUGGCCGCGGGGACCGGCGCUUCGGGGGUGGUGGGCAUGAUUCCGGGUGCGAUGGUUUCAAAGCUAGUUCCUGCUUUGAAGCAGGCUGCUAAGCAACAAGCAAGACAAAGUUACAGUGGCCGCUACGGAGACGAAAGAAAUGGCAUGACGGUAGCUGUGCAAGACAGUCUACCAGGACUAGGCGUCACGUCUUGGUUUUUCGAUGGCCGUGACAUGUUUGAUUCGAUCCGACUGAUAGUCUCAGGGUCGUCGACUGGAUCAGGGAACGUCAGCAUGAGAUUGUACCCGACGGGGUUGCAGACGCAAACAGGCGGAAAGGCUAGACUUGAGAGUUGGCGGGCGGUCUACGAGAUCAUUGACGCCGCCUCUCCACCCAGUCCGUACUGUGCUAGCUGGUUCGGCGUAGAUUCAGUCACGUACGGAGGCGUAUCUAUCGACGAGUUUGUCAUCGAUCUUUCGGCGGACGGCACUUCUCAGGGUAUCACCAUAAGUGCCUUUGAUACUCGGCUUGAAAGGUUUCAACUUCCUAACUGUGUGGCCAUGAACACAACUACAUCACUACCGAACGGCGUCGAAGCUAUGGGAUUCUCGCCGCUUCUGGCCCCGAAUGCAAUUUUUCUCUCUUUCUACUCAAUUUUACUUCUUCUGCAUGUUCUCAUCGCCCUUCGCUUCUGGCGUUUCUAUGGGUACUCUAUUGGGAUGGUCUGUGGCAUCUUACUAGAACUUGUGGGAUAUUGUGGAAAGGUUCAACUUUCAUAUAAUCGAGACAACAAGGACGGGUAUAUCAUCGGCCUCACACUUGGCCCGACUUUUCUAUCCUCUGCCCUCUAUCUCAAUAUCAGCACACUACAGCAACGCUUUUCAUCAUCUCAGUUCACGCGCAUCAGCCCUCGCCUCUUUGUAUCUCUCUUUAUUAUCGGCGAUUUUAUAUGUCUUUGCUUCAUAGGAUGCGGCGGCUCUCUUGCGGCUAUAUUCGCAGAGAAUCCAAUUGGUGUAGACCUCAUGAUCACCGGCUUAGCUGUUCAGGUCCUGUUCACGACUAUCUUCUGUCUCGCACUUUGGGCUAUUUACCACCGGGCUUGGCAUGACAUUCUCCAAGAGAAGAGGCAUCUUUACGUAAUAGGCUUGGCUGUAGCCUCCGCCUGUCUCUUUGUCCGGUCAUGCUGGCGAUGUGCAGAGUUAAGCGGAGGUUUUAACGGCCCGCUCGCAUCAAUGGAAGGCGUAUUCUUUGCACUAGACAGCGUACCGAUAGUAGUCAUGACUGUCACCCUGACCAUCCUUCACCCUGAGUUAUGGCUGAGGGCCUGCAAGGCUAGCUCAGGAAAGCUUGUUUGUGCCGGGAACUAUAGUAUGGAGUAUGUCCAGACAAAAGAUUGA